UCUCUUUACCCUCUUUUCCUUUCCACACUCAAAUCUGAUUACAACAAACACCAAACACCCAAUUUCUUUGUUGAUAAAUAAAUUACUUUCACAAACAAACUAAUGACACAUGACACCGUGCAGGCAUGUUUUUGUAUUCCUUCUCCAUAAAAUAUAUUAGAAUAAUAAAAAGAAAAUACAUUUAACAAACAAAAACAUAAUAACAAUAAUAGGAAAAAUUACGGUUCCCAUUUCCCAGUCGCAAUGUCCAGCGCAAGCCACCAUCACCUCCUUCGCCUGGCCCUUUCAUGUCGAAAAAUCACGGCUCAAGUGACGAGCCCUUCCUCCUCUUCGAUCGUAGCUAUGGCUUCCUCCACCGAGCAGGAGUUCUUGUCCCACUACCGCGCCAAGCUCAACCGAUUCCCUCGUUCACACAACUUCUGGGACGCUAAGAUCGCCUCCCGCGUUGGUGAGAAGCUAGCCUUUCGUCUUAAAGAAAUCGGCGUCACCGCCGUACAGAUCGACCUUCGCGAGGAACUUUCUCGCCCCGCCCACUACCGCCUCAUGAUUUCGCCCUUAUUCGAUUCAGUCCGCCGUGCUGGUGUCGCCGUUGAUGGAGCCGAGAAUAUUGGGGUCGGCGGCGCACAUAUUUGUUCUUCUAAUUCUCCGGGAUGUGGUCGCAGCAACUGUUGCCAACACCAACUCCGUCACUGUUUCCUCUUUAUAACCCCCAAAAUGCCCCCUUCUCUCAGCAUGUUCUUAAGGUCCAAAAGGAGGGAAGAGUGAGGGCAAUUUCGGCAGAUGAAAUUUGGCCGAAUGCGGCGCGGCGGAAGAGGGAACCAGAUUGGAGAGGAGGGUUCAGUUUAGGGGUAGACCUUGGAAUGUCUCGCACCGGAGUUGCUCUCAGCAAAGGUUUCUCCGUUCGUCCUCUCACUGUUUUGAAAUUGAGGGGAGAUAAACUUGAGAUGCAGCUUCUUGAGAUUGCACAAAAGCAGUGAUGGCAAGGAGACGCCACAGUCGAACAAAGUUCGGAGUGUUGCGGGGAGGCUUGCUGUUCGAGCUGCUUACAGGGGAUGGAGAGUGUACCUGCUGGAUGAGCAUGGGACUACACAAGAAGC